AACCUAGAUUUAAACUUGUCCCCAAAGGAAGGGUGCCUUGCGAGCGUUUUCUUUGUCUUCCGCGAUAUGACUCUCCCGCACAGUAGUCAACGAGGGAGGGGGUCCGCUGAAUAAGCAUUCUCUAACCACCCAGGCAAACUAUAAAAAGAGUCAUCUGACUCCUGCACUACAGUACGUAUAGUAUCGUGGAUGUCACAUGGAUUCAGCAUUUAAGAUCCAAAGCCGCAGAAACCCUCUCACUUAUGGGCAUUCGUUCGAACCGGUUCACAUGUUUCAUGCUUGUGGUAAAAGGCGUCCUGGUGUUCUUUGACCCGCGGUACCCUGUGUUGGUUCAGAACGGGAUACUCUUUGGAAUCAGUCUAUGUCUGGUUCUCUACCUUCUCCACGACGACCGAUGUAUCAACCAGUCGCUGCUGUCUCGCUUAGACGGUGUAGUGCUCGCCGAGCUUUACAUUGUCACGGGCCUUGUCAAUCUAGUAAAUUGGCUACGCCCCGAAAUCCUUCCUGAUCCUGGGGUCGUCACCGUAGCGACGAUGAUAAUGGUAUAUGUAUCAUGGAUGAUACAGCGGCGGAUACUGUGUGCUGCGCUAUGUGCUGUUACUCAUGACUCUUCGGUAACCUGCAAGCGACUGUCCUGUUCCUGAUAUAUAUGUCGGUAUGAACAUCUCUGUUGGUAUUGGUCUUGCAUGCCCCGCUACUGCACUUUUCCUGUUUUCAUGUGUACGCGAACAAAUUAAUAACUCUAAAACAUGCUCUGGUACGCCCUUGAGGACAAUGGCUCUGGC